CGGAGUUGCCUCUUCCAACGGAGAAGAUAGAGAAUGGUGUAAAAACCAUUACGGAAUGGAAGUACAAUGAUGACAACAAGAAAGUAAAGGUUAUCAGGCAGUAUAAAAUCGAGCAAAGGAAGGUUUCAAAGGUUAUUGCAAAACGAAAGGAAGAGGAUCCGACUGUUGAUACGAAGUCAAAGGAGUUGAAGAAUGUAAGAGUAACAUGCCGUACAUGUAAAGGAGACCAUUGGACAACAAAGUGCCCCUAUAAGGACAGCAUUGUUCCGAUUGAGCUAGAAAAUGAUAAAAAACCAGGUCAAGAAGCAGCCAAGCAAGAAGUUCCGCCUGUGCGCACAGGCAAAUACGUGCCGCCUAGCAUGCGUGCGGGGGCGGAGCGCGGCAAGGGUGAAUCGAUGAAGGACAGUCGUCGUGACGAGCAGGCAACGAUUCGUGUCACUAAUCUGUCGGAAGACACGAGGGAGUCGGACGUACAGGAACUCUUCAGAAACUUUGGCACUAUCUCUAGAAUCUACCUUGCCAAAGACAAGCAGACCCAGAUGUCUAAGGGCUUUGCCUUCAUAACGUUCCACCGUCGCGAGGAUGCUGCCAGAGCUAUUGCUGGAGUUUCAGGCUUCGGUUAUGAUCAUUUGAUCUUGAAUGUUGAAUGGGCAAAACCUUCAACUCAGUAACAAGUAUGGAAACAGCUCGCAGGAAUAAUCGGGAGGGAUCACUUGACUGGAUAAUCCGAAAAACCUUUCAGAAAUUUUUAUUAAACCUUAAAAACCAUGGUAUCAUUCUCUAUACACAUAAAGAUGAAUUUCAGUUACAAAAAAUAAAUUUGUUUUUCCGAA